AGCUGGUAGAAGUAGCAGCACCUUUGCUUGACCUGAGGAGUGUGGACAGAUCCACCCUCAUUCCCACCAUGGCGUGGAGUAUAUCUAUACUCUGUUUUCUGGCCCUGGCUUUUACCUGUGGCCUCCAGGUGAACGCAGUGCGGGUGCGAAAGAGCAAUCAUGUCAGCAACAUUUGCAGCAUGUGGGGAAAUUUCCACUUUAAAACAUUCGAUGGAGAUGUCUUCCAGUUCCAAGGCACUUGUGAAUAUAACCUAGUCUCUGACUGCCAUGGGCCUGUACAGGGUUUCUCUGUGCACGUGAAAAGAGCAGAGACCCCUGGGAAUCCACAAAUCAUCAGAGUGCUGGUCACUAUAGGAGACGUGGCCAUUGGGCUCACCAAGAAUAUGGUUAUGGUCAACGGCGAAAUUGUAAAACUCCCACACUAUGUAGCAGGGGUGAUGCUUGAAGAGAACUCUAUCUACAUUAAACUUUACGCCAAACUGGGCCUCAGUGUCACAUGGAACAAAGAUGAUGCUCUCACGCUGGACCUGGACCCCAAAUAUUCUAACCAUACCUGCGGACUCUGUGGAGAUUUCAACGGGGUUCCUGUUUUAAACGAGUUCCUAAGUGAUGGUCGUGUAACUGGCUUCAUUGAGUUUGGCAACAAGCACAGGAUCCACAACCCCAAUAACUUCUGUGAAGACCCUUAUGAAGAAUUUGACAAUGAAGAAAAUUCGGUCGACAAGUGCCAAUCUUUUAGAGAAGACUGUUCCGAGCUGCUGGUGGAUGAAACCUGGUCCUUGUGUAGGAAUGUUUUGAGUCCAGAACCUUAUGUCCAAGCUUGCACGACGGACAAGUGCAGGAGUCACCCAGGGGACACUGAGGAGACUACUCUCUGCAGCACCCUGUCCGAGUACUCGCGCCAGUGCUCCCAUGCAGGGGGAAGUCCACCCAACUGGAGAACAGGAACCUUUUGUGCUGUAACUUGCCCCUUUAACAUGGAGUACUCUGAGAGCGGUUCGCCCUGUCUGGACACGUGCACACACACAGACACCAGCUCACUGUGUGAGGAACACAAGAUGGAUGGCUGCUUCUGCCCAUCUGGUACUGUGUUUGAUGAUAUCUCUGAGAGAGGCUGUAUCCCUCAGGAACAGUGCCAGUGUCAGUACCAAAAGAACGUGUUCAACCCUGGAGAGGUUCUAGCCAAGGGUGAUGAAGAAUGUGUGUGUCAACAGGGAAGGUGGAUCUGCAAGAGUCUGUCUGUCCCAGGUGUGUGUGCUAUGGAGGAGGGUUCCCAUUUCACAACUUUUGAUGGGAAAGAAUUUACCUUCCAUGGAAACUGCUAUUAUGUUCUUUCCAAAGACUGUGUGGGCUCAAAGUUCACUAUUUUGGGACAGCUUAUUCCUUGCGUCGCCCAGCAUACAGACACAUGCCUGAAGUCAAUUGCAUUACUACUCAACAAUGACAAGGGCAAUGCCUUAAUCUUCAAAGAUGAUGGCAUAGUAAGGCACAACGGAGAUGUAAAACUCCCUUACACCACUGCUGAAUUCACCGUAUUCAGACCAUCGUCCUUCCACAUCAUGUUGCAGACCACUUUUGGGCUCCAGAUCCAGGUGCAGCUGGUUCCACUCAUGCAGGUCUACAUCACCCUGGAUAAGAGCUUCCACACCAAGACCUGUGGUCUGUGUGGAAACUUCAACUUGGUGCUGUCCGAUGAACUGACGAGCCCACAAGGUGUUGUUGAAGGGACAGCCACAUCCUUUGGGAAUUCCUGGAAGGCUCAGUCCAACUGUCCUGACCGUACAGAGAGUCUUGAUGAUCCGUGCAGCUACAACAUUGACAGUGAGAGCUAUGCAGAGCACUGGUGCUCCAAACUGAAGGAGAAGGAAGAUGUGUUUGCCAAAUGCCAUUCUACUGUUAACCCAGAAAACUACUACAAGAGGUGUAAAUACUCAAGCUGCAUUUGUGAGAAGAGCGAAGACUGCUUGUGUGCUGUUUUCUCCUCCUACGUUCGGGCAUGCGCAGCAAAGGGGGUGUUCCUGCAAAGCUGGAGAGACACAGUGUGUGAGAAAUACACCAAAAGCUGCCCAGAUUCCCAGACUUUCACCUACAAGCUUCAGCAAUGCCAGCACACAUGUGAGUCCCUUAGCUUGGAACGUCAGGGCUGCAGCACUGACUAUGUGCCUGUGGAUGGGUGCGCCUGUCCAGAGGGGCUCUAUGAGAGUGAGGAUGGUGUCUGUGUGCCCAUGGACAAAUGCCCCUGCUAUUACAACGGAGCGCACAUUAAACCUGGCAAGUCAAUCAACGUCAACAACGAGCACUGUAUUUGUACAAAUGGAAAGCUUCAGUGCCAGUCCUGGAGGCCUCACAGUAAAGAAUGUCAGGCUCCAAAGGUCUUCUUUAACUGCAGUACAGCAGGGCCAGAUCAGCAUGGGUUAGAGUGUGCACAAACAUGUGCACAAAAGAAUGUUGAUUGUUAUCUCGCAGAAUGUGAGUCAGGAUGUCAGUGUCCUGAAGGCCUGCUUGAUGAUGGUCGUGGUCACUGCGUUAUGGAGCAUCAGUGCCCUUGCAAACAUGACAAUCACUUUUAUCCUUCAGGUUAUGAAAUCAUAAACGGGUGUAACAAAUGCACAUGUACAUAUGGCAAGUGGGAUUGUAACAAGGAUAAAUGCCCUGGAACUUGUGCCAUCUAUGGCAGUGGACAUUACAACACUUUCGAUAAGACAAGAUUUAGUUUUAGUGGAGACUGCAGUUACAUAGCUGUCCAGGACAAGUGUGGAAAUAAGACGGGGACAUUUCAUGUGAUCACAGAGAACGUACCAUGUGGGACAACAGGGACCACUUGUUCCAAAGCUGUUCGAAUUGCAUUGGGCGAAACAAAGCUGGAGUUGAGAGAUGGUGAAAUUACAGAUUAUGGGGCUACAACUGGUAAUUUCAAUGUGAAAAAUGUGGGUCUUUACCUGGUCAUACAGACUGACAUUGGCCUAACAGUGUUGUGGGACAAGAAAAUGACAGUCCACAUCAUUCUUCAACCCCAGCAUAUGGGAGAGGUUUGCGGAUUGUGCGGAAACUUCAAUGGAAAUGGCAUGGAUGACUUCACCACUCAAGGCUUGCAUGUUUCCGAUGUUCUAGAGUUUGCAAACAGCUGGAAAGUACGAAGCGAGUGCCCAGAUGCUAAACCAGACUUUGAUACUUGUUUGAAAACGCCUAACCGCCACACUUGGGCAGAAAUGCAAUGCAGCAUCAUUAAAUCUGACACUUUCAAAGAGUGCCACAGUAAGGUGGAGUUGACCCCAUAUUUUGAAAGCUGUGUAAAAGACUCAUGCGCAUGUGACACUGGUGGGGACUGCGAGUGUUUCUGCACUGCUGUGGCAGCUUAUGCACAUGCCUGUAAUGGAGCAGGAGUCUGUGUGGACUGGAGAACCCCACAGAUCUGUCCUGUGUACUGUGACUACUACAAUCACUAUAAUGAAUGCGUAUGGCACUACAGUGCCUGUCACACAUGCUACAAAACCUGCGAAAACCCUGACGGCAGCUGCACCAACCCUUUAACUAACAUGGAGGGAUGUUAUCCCAGAUGUCCCGAGGACAAGCCUUACUUUGAUGAGAAAAAUAAGAUUUGUAUUGAUAUAUGUGAUGGAUGCAUCAUCAAUGGAACGUAUUAUCAUCCUGGGGAGCAAAUACCAUCUGAAAUACCAUGCUAUUCACGUUACUGUGAUGAUAAUGGAAAGGAAAUAUAUGUUCCCAUAACUGGGUGCUGCAGUUACAAUGGAACACAAUAUAAUGAGUCUGAUGUCAUAUACAAUGUAACGGACAACAUGGGAACAUGUUACUAUGCUAUAUGCAAAAAUAGCACUGUUAUCAAUGGCAGCUAUCCCUGCCCCACACCACUACCAUCAACGACAACCGAAAGCACCACCCAGAGCACAACAGGGCCCUCUACUACUACACACACUACCCAUAUCUCAACCACAACCUAUACAGAAACCUCUACAUCAACGCAAACUUCAACUUUAACACCUAGCACUGAAACAAGUACCCAAUCAACAACUACUCCAGUAGAGACAACUACAGUCACUAAACCAUGCAUUCCUAAAUGUGAAUGGUCUGACUGGAUUAACGUGGAUAACCCAAAAACAGGAGGGGGAAAUGAUUUUGAGACAUAUGAAAAUAUCACUAAGAGUGGAAAGGAAAUAUGUGAACAUCCAGAAGACAUACAGUGUAGAUGUUUACAAAGUCCUGAUAUGUCUUUGGAAGAAUUUGUACAAGAAACAGGUCAGGUUGUUCAGUGUGAUGUUUCAUUUGGUUUAAAAUGUGAAGAGGGGAAACAGACAGCAAGGCCAUACAAAUGUUUUGAUUAUGAAAUUAGAGUACUCUGUUGUGAAUGGUGUUCUACACCAACAACAACACCAACAACAACUACAACUCCUGUAUCAAGUACAACAACUGAAGGAAGCACAACAAUUCAAACUGGGUCAACAUCUACCACUGGAACAACUACAAAACCAACAACUACUACAGUGGGGCCAACAACUACAACUCCAAAAUCAAGUACAACUGAAGGAAGCACAACAAUUCAAACUGGGUCAACAUCUACCACUGGAACAACUACCCAACCAACAAGUACUCCGGUAUUUACAACUGAAUCAAGCACAUCUCAGACGCCAGUAAUAGUUACAAGGACAUCUAAUGUUGUAAAUAGUUCCCCUCAAAUCAUUCUUAGUACAACUGAAUCAACAACUGAAUCAACAACUACCCAACCAACAACUACUCGAGUGGUGCCAACAACUACAACUCAUGUGUCAAGUACAACAACUGAAGGAAGGACAACAAUUCAAACUGGGUCAACAUCUACCACUGGAACAACUACCCAACCAACAACUACUACAGUGGGGCCAACAACUACAACUCCUGUAUCAAGUACAACAACUGAAGGAAGGACAACAAUUCAAACCGGGUCAACAUCUACCACUGGAACAACUACCCAACCAACAACUACUACAGUGGGGCCAACAACUACAACUCCUGGAUCAAGUACAAUAACUGAAGGAAGGACAACAAUUCAAACUGGGUCAACAUCUACCACAGAAACAACUACCCAACCAACAACUACUACAGUGGGGCCUACAACUACAACUCAUGUAUCAAGUACAACAACUGAAGGAAGCACAACAAUUCAAACUGGGUCAACAUCUACCACUGGAACAACUACCCAACCAACAACUACUACAGUGGGGCCAACAAGUACAACAGCUGAAGGUAGCACAACAAUUCAAACUGGGUCAACAUCUACCACUGGAACAACUACCCAACCAACAACUACUACAGUGGGGCCAACAACUCCAACUCCUGUAUCAAGUACAACAACUGAAGGAAGGACAACAAUUCAAACCGGGUCAACAUCUACCACUGGAACAACUACCCAACCAACAACUACUACAGUGGGGCCAACAACUACAACUCCUGGAUCAAGUACAAUAACUGAAGGAAGGACAACAAUUCAAACUGGGUCAACAUCUACCACAGAAACAACUACCCAACCAACAACUACUACAGUGGGGCCAACAACUACAACUCCUGUAUCAAGUACAACAGCUGAAGGAAGCACAACAAUUCAAACUGGGUCAACAUCUACCACUGGAACAACUACCCAACCAACAACUACUACAGUGGGGCCAACAACUACAACAACUGAAGGGCCCUCUACUACUACACACACUACCCAUAUCUCAACCGAAACCCAUACAGAAACCUUUACAUCAAUGCAUACUUCAACUUUAACACCUAGCACUGAAACAAGUACCCAAUUAACAACUACUCCAGUGGAGACAACAACUACAGUCACUAAACCAUGCAUUCCUAAAUGUGAAUGGUCUGACUGGAUUAACGUGGAUAACCCAAAAACAGGAGGGGGAAAUGAUUUUGAGACAUAUGAAAAUAUCACUAAGAGUGGAAAGGAAAUAUGUGAACAUCCAGAAGACAUACAGUGUAGAUGUUUACAAAGUCCUGAUAUGUCUUUGGAAGAAUUUGUACAAGAAACAGGUCAGGUUGUUCAGUGUGAUGUUUCAUUUGGUUUAAAAUGUGAAAAGAGGAAACAGACAGCAAGGCCAUACAAAUGUUUUGAUUAUGAAAUUAGAGUACUCUGUUGUGAAUGGUGUUCUACACCAACAACAACACCAACAACAACUACAACUCCUGUAUCAAGUACAACAACUGAAGGAAGCACAACAGUUCAAACUGGGUCAACAUCUACCACUGGAACAACUACAAAACCAACAACUACUACAGUGGGGCCAACAACUACAACUCCAAAAUCAAGUACAACUGAAGGAAGCACAACAAUUCAAACUGGGUCAACAUCUACCACUGGAACAACUACCCAACCAACAAGUACUCUGGUAUUUACAACUGAAUCAAGCACAUCUCAGACGCCAGUAAUAGUUACAAGGACAUCUAAUGUUGUAAAUAGUUCCCCUCAAAUCAUUCUUAGUACAACUGAAUCAACAACUGAAUCAACAACUACCCAACCAACAACUACUCGAGUGGUGCCAACAACUACAACUCAUGUGUCAAGUACAACAACUGAAGGAAGGACAACAAUUCAAACUGGGUCAACAUCUACCACUGGAACAACUACCCAACCAACAACUACUACAGUGGGGCUGACAACUACAACUCCUGUAUCAAGUACAACAACUGAAGGAAGCACAACAAUUCAAACUGGGUCAACAUCUACCACUGGAACAACUACCCAAACAACAACUAUUACAGUGGGGCCAACAACUACAACUCCUGUAUCAAGUACAACAACUGAAGGAAGCACAACAAUUCAAACUGGGUCAACAUCUACCACUGGAACAACUACCCAACCAACAACUACUACAGUGGGGCCAACAACUACAACUCCUGUAUCAAGUACAACAACUGAAGGAAGCACAACAAUUCAAACUGGGUCAACAUCUACCACUGGAACAACUACCCAACCAACAACUACUACAGUGGGGCCAACAACUACAACUCCAAAAUCAAGUACAACAACUGAAGGAAGCACAACAAUUCAAACUGGGUCAACAUCUACCACUGGAACAACUACCCAACCAACACCUACUACAGUGGGGCCAACAACUACAACAACUGAAGGUAGCACAACAAUUCAAACUGGGCCAACAUCUACCACUGGAACAACUACCCAACCAACAACUACUACAGUGGGGCCAACAACUACAACUCCUGUAUCAAGUACAACAACUGAAGGAAGGACAACAAUUCAAACCGGGUCAACAUCUACCACUGGAACAACUACCCAACCAACAACUACUACAGUGGGGCCAACAACUACAACUCCUGGAUCAAGUACAAUAACUGAAGGAAGGACAACAAUUCAAACUGGGUCAACAUCUACCACAGAAACAACUACCCAACCAACAACUACUACAGUGGGGCCAACAACUACAACUCCAAAAUCAAGUACAACAACUGAAGGAAGCACAACAAUUCAAACUGGGUCAACAUCUACCACUGGAACAACUACCCAACCAACACCUACUACAGUGGGGCCAAAAACUACAACAACUGAAGGUAGCACAACAAUUCAAACUGGGCCAACAUCUACCACUGGAACAACUACCCAACCAACAACUACUACAGUGGGGCCAACAACUACAACUCCUGUAUCAAGUACAACAACUGAAGGAAGGACAACAAUUCAAACCGGGUCAACAUCUACCACUGGAACAACUACCCAACCAACAACUACUACAGUGGGGCCAACAACUACAACUCCUGGAUCAAGUACAAUAACUGAAGGAAGGACAACAAUUCAAACUGGGUCAACAUCUACCACAGAAACAACUACCCAACCAACAACUACUACAGUGGGGCCGACAACUACAACUCAUGUAUCAAGUACAACAACUGAAGGAAGCACAACAAUUCAAACUGGGUCAACAUCUACCACUGGAACAACUACCCAACCAACAACUACUACAGUGGGGCCAACAAGUACAACAGCUGAAGGUAGCACAACAAUUCAAACUGGGUCAACAUAUACCACUGGAACAACUACCCAACCAACAACUACUACAGUGGGGCCAACAACUACAACUCCUGUAUCAAGUACAACAACUGAAGGAAGCACAACAAUUCAAACUGGGUCAACAUCUACCACUGGAACAACUACCCAACCAACACCUACUACAGUGGGGCCAACAACUACAACAACUGAAGGUAGCACAACAAUUCAAACUGGGCCAACAUCUACCACUGGAACAACUACCCAACCAGCAACUACUACAGUGGGGCCAACAACUACAACUCCUGUAUCAAGUACAACAACUGAAGGAAGGACAACAAUUCAAACCGGGUCAACAUCUACCACUGGAACAACUACCCAACCAACAACUACUACAGUGGGGCCAACAACUACAACUCCUGGAUCAAGUACAAUAACUGAAGGAAGGACAACAAUUCAAACUGGGUCAACAUCUACCACUGGAACAACUACCCAACCAACAACUACUACAGUGGGGCCAACAACUACAACUCCAAAAUCAAGUACAACAACUGAAGGAAGCACAACAAUUCAAACUGGGUCAACAUCUACCACUGGAACAACUACCCAACCAACACCUACUACAGUGGGGCCAACAACUACAACAACUGAAGGUAGCACAACAAUUCAAACUGGGCCAACAUCUACCACUGGAACAACUACCCAACCAACAACUACUACAGUGGGGCCAACAACUACAACUCCUGUAUCAAGUACAACAACUGAAGGAAGGACAACAAUUCAAACCGGGUCAACAUCUACCACUGGAACAACUACCCAACCAACAACUACUACAGUGGGGCCAACAACUACAACUCCUGGAUCAAGUACAACAACUGAAGGAAGCACAACAAUUCAAACUGGGUCAACAUCUACCACUGGAACAACUACCCAACCAACACCUACUACAGUGGGGCCAACAAGUACAACAGCUGAAGGUAGCACAACAAUUCAAACUGGGUCAACAUCUACCACUGGAACAACUACCCAACCAACAACUACUACAGUGGGGCCAACAACUACAACUCCUGUAUCAAGUACAACAACUGAAGGAAGCACAACAAUUCAAACUGGGUCAACAUCUACCACUGGAACAACUACCCAACCAACAACUACUACAGUGGGGCCAACAACUACAACUCCAAAAUCAAGUACAACAACUGAAGGAAGCACAACAAUUCAAACUGGGUCAACAUCUACCACUGGAACAACUACCCAACCAACACCUACUACAGUGGGGCCAACAACUACAACAACUGAAGGUAGCACAACAAUUCAAACUGGGCCAACAUCUACCACUGGAACAACUACCCAACCAACAACUACUACAGUGGGGCCAACAACUACAACUCCUGUAUCAAGUACAACAACUGAAGGAAGGACAACAAUUCAAACCGGGUCAACAUCUACCACUGGAACAACUACCCAACCAACAACUACUACAGUGGGGCCAACAACUACAACUCCUGUAUCAAGUACAACAGCUGAAGGAAGCACAACAAUUCAAACUGGGUCAACAUCUACCACUGGAACAACUACCCAACCAACAACUACUACAGUGGGGCCAACAAGUACAACAGCUGAAGGUAGCACAACAAUUCAAACUGGGUCAACAUCUACCACUGGAACAACUACCCAACCAACAACUACUACAGUGGGGCCAACAACUACAACUCCUGUAUCAAGUACAACAACUGAAGGAAGCACAACAAUUCAAACUGGGUCAACAUCUACCACUGGAACAACUACCAAAACAACAACUGCAACAACUGUCCUUACCCCAACCACAGAGUGUUUCUGCAUAAUAAAUGGAACACAUUAUAGACCAGGUGCAACAAUAUUUGAAAAUAAGUACAUUGGCUCAGGUAUAUGCUUGACCAUGAUCUGUAAGGAUAGUUGUGUAAUACACAACACAACAGGAGUAUGCCCAACAACAAAAUCUCCAGUGACGCUAACAACAAAACCUCCGGUGACAACAACAAAACCUCCAGGGAAAAAUUGCGAAGAAUGGGGAGUAACUGAAAACGAGACAUUUACGAUCUGUAAUUGCACAAUGGCCAGGUGCAUUGAAAACAAUACGAUUGAGAUUAUCCCAUAUGAAUGUAAACCUCUUGAAAACAUCACUUGUUCAAAUGGCAAAAAACCUGUGGAGGCGUAUGAUGAGUACUACUGCUGUAAAGAACGUGCUUGUGACUGCUUUUGUGAAGGCUGGGGUGAUCCUCACUAUAUAACAUUUGAUGGACUGUUCUAUAGUCAUCAAGGAGCAUGCACAUAUGUUUUAAUGAAAGAAAUCAAGCCUAAACACCACUUGACAAUUUACAUUGAUAAUGUCAAUUGUGACCCCGAAGAGUCUGUGUCCUGCCCGAGAUCUAUCAUUGUGUCCUACAACAAUCUAAUGAUCACACUGAAAAACCACAACCUUAUAGGAGCUGCCAAGCUGGAGGCUUUAUUAGAGCAGUCUGCUCUGACAUUACCAUUUACUAGAAAUGGUGUGAACGUGGUGACCUCAGGGUUGAGCUUAAUCCUAAGGAUUCCACAUCUGGGGGUUGUUGUGAUGUUUGGAGUCACUGGUUUCAGUGUCGAACUGCCAUUCCAGCAUUUUGGGAACAACACUCAAGGACACUGUGGUACCUGCAACAACAUCAAGGAAGAUGACUGCAUGCUACCAGAUGGAAAACUUGUAGAUAGCUGUGCAGUAAUGGCAGACCAAUGGCAAGCUACAGAGCUGAACAUAAACACAGAAUGCAAACAACCACCAACAGAGAGGCCAGUAAAGCCAUGUCCAAUCAACCCAGUGUGUGAGCUUAUGAAGAGCGAAGUGUUUAGCGAGUGUCAUCCCCACGUCUCCCCUGAAAACUUCUUAACUGGCUGCCAGUUUGACAGUUGUCAUAUGACCAACCCAGCUGUAGUCUGCACCAGUCUUUGGACCUAUGCAAGAGUUUGCUCAGAGUAUGGUAUCUGCAUAAACUGGAGGAACCACACUGAUCUAUGCGCUCCCGGUUGUCCAGCAGACAAAGUGUACCGAGCCUGUGGACCUCCUGAACCUCCAACCUGCAAAGACACGCCUGGAGACAAUAUUCUGAACAUGACUACUGAGGGUUGUUUCUGUCCUGAUGGCACGCAGCUCUUCAGUAAGGAGUCAGACGUGUGUGUUGACAAAUGUGGAUGCUUGGACCCCUCUGGUCAAGGACGAGAGUUUGGAGAAAAGUUCCAGUAUGGUUGCCAGGAUUGUGUCUGUGAUAAGGCAUCUGCAUCCAUCAAGUGUAAACCAAAGCAGUGUUCAAACAACCAAAUAACUUGCAGCGAGCCAGGAUUUAUUGUGGUCAAUGCGACAGAUCCGUCAGAUGCCUGUUGCACUAUUCUUACCUGCCGCUGUGAGAGCAGCACCUGUCCCAGUAUAAAGAAUUGGUGUCCAAUCGGCUUCGCUCCUGUAGCCAAAGUGCCUGAAGGGAAAUGCUGCCCUGAAUUCACAUGCGAGCCAAAGAAUGUCUGCGUACAUAAAGGACUGGAGUAUGAGCCUGGUACUUCAAUCCCUGUGGUUGACUGCCAGAAUUGUAGCUGCACCCAUGAUUUGGAUCCGAAUACACAACUGCGUAAGAUCCGCUGUGUCGUAGUGACGUGCAAUGAGAAGUGUGAACCAGGAUAUAAGUAUGUGGAAUCAAACACUGCUGAAUGCUGUGGAAAAUGCGUAAAGAUCAAAUGUGUCCUUAACUACAACGGCACAAUACACGUCUUGGAGAGUGGAAAAGAAUGGACUCCAUUACACAAUCCCUGUGAAACGUUCACCUGCACAAAGACUAAUGGAGAAUAUCUGGUUACUAAGUACAAUAUCCACUGCCCACCAUUCAACCUCAACGAUUGCCAGCCUGGUACUGUGCUGCUUUCUGCUAACCGUUGCUGCAAAGAAUGUGUGCCGAAGGACACUGGAUGUAAAGUUCAGACCACUAUUGAUCACAUCAUUCACAACAACUGCUGGUCAAAGGUCAAGGUGGAACAAACACACUGUCAGGGACACUGUAACAGCUAUAGCAAGUACAGUGAUUUGGGCUCUUCGACUUGUAGCUGUUGCCAGGCGAGCCGCACCAGUAACCGUACAGUGAGUCUGGACUGCCAGAAUGGACAUUCAGUAACCCACACCUACUUCCAUGUGGAUGCGUGCAGCUGUGACCAGACUAAAUGUCUAAGUGUCCAGGACACACAAACUCACAAAGGAGAUACUCGCAAGAGACGUAGCUUCAGACACCCCUAAGGAUGUGUUCUGUGACAACAAUGUCAUAGAAACAACAGUCACAAAGAACCUAUACUGCAUUUUUCUCUCAGAUAUUUAGAAAAGAUUUCAAGUAGCUUUAUUAUGAUUAUUUUCAAAGGCGUCUUUUAAAGGACCAGAUUGUCUUGCUUUUAAUUCAGAAAUACAUAUAGCUGUUUUAACAAAGUGCAAUUUAAAUGCAGUUUGUGUUUUCUCACUUGUGAUCAAUAAGACUAUUUAAUAAAAAGAAAUAGCAUACAAAA